AUGGCACAAUCACUUGAGAAGCAGAGUUCUUUUCCAUCCCAGUUGGGAUAUGGAAGUUCUUAUUUCAGAAGUGGAGGUAAUACAACACAAUUUGCCCCAAACAUUUUGCCUAAUCAUGGACCUUAUGCUGGAAAUUUUGUCAAUCAUGACCUUAGAAAUCCCAACCAGUAUUUUGGAUACACGGGCCUUUCUGGCAAUUCAAAUCCAUAUCAGUUCACUCAUACCAAUGGAGUUCAGACACAAAAUAAUCCGAAUUCAUAUCUGUCCACUGCCACCAAUGGAUUUCAGACACAGACUAAUUCGAACUCAUAUAUGUCCACUGCCACCAAUGGAGUUCAGACACAGACCAAUCCGAACUCAUAUCUGUCCACUGCCACCAAUGGAGUUCAGACACAAACUAAUUUGAACUCAUAUCUGUCCACUACCACCAAAGAAGUUCAGACACAAACUAAUCCGACUUCAUAUCUGGCCACAGCCACCAGAGUUCAGAAACAAACUAAUCCGACUUCAUAUCUGUCCACUGCCACCAAUGGAGUUCAGGCACAAAUUUAUCCAAAUUCAUACCUGUCCACUGCCACCAAUGGAUUUCAGACACAAACUAAUCCAAAUUCAUAUCUGUCCACUGCCACCUAUGGAGUUCAGACACAAACUAAUCCAAAUUCAUAUCUGUCCAGUGCCACCAAUGGAGUUCAGACAAAAACUAAUGCAGAAUUUCAAAGGCUGAACCAGAUAAGGGAAGCAAAUAAUUUUCCUUACGAUGUUAGCAUGAAUGGAAAUGAAAAGGGGAAACAGCCUCUUGAGUUUGAAAAUGGCAGUGUUCAAGUAUCUAAUUUGGACUCACAAAAUUUGAGUUACAUGAAUCUAGAUGCACCUUAUACCUACAUUUCAGAAGAUAUGUUUCAGUUCUCAAAUGUGACUCCAGAAUUAAGUCAAAUGUUAGAUUUUACUCAAGAAUUGGAUGCUCUUUUAAGUUCACCAAAUCAGAACCAGUUUUCAAUGGAUUAUACUGUGACAGCCAAAGAGCUGGAAUGUGUGCCAGGGCAGAUAACUUCAGGUGAUGCAAACAUUCAAGGCAAUUUUCCAGCAGAUUUCACCAAUGAGAGUCAACAGCUGGAAGUUACAGUUGGUCAUGUUCCUCAAGCCUCUUCAUCAGUUCAGAAUCAUUCCUGGCAGAUGACUUCAGGCGAUGCAAACAUUCAAGGCAUUUUUCCAACAGAUUUCACCAAUGAGCUGGAAGCUACAGUUGGUCAUGUUCCUAAAGCCUCUUCAUCAGUUCAGAAUCAUUCCUGGCAGAUAACUUCAGGUGAUAACAUUCAAGGCAAUUUUCCAACAGAUUUCAACAAUGGGAGUCAACAGCUGGAAGUUACAGUUGGUCCUGUUCCUCAAGCCUCUUCAUCAGUUCAGAAUCAUUCCCAGACUGAGUAUUCUGAUCUGUUGAGAGUGCUUGAAGAAGAUGCAGAAGAGUUUAAUGCUUUUGGAAGUGAACCAGAUCUGGGUGAGGUUGAUCGAUACUGUGAAUGGCUAAGGAACACUAUGUGUGGAAACACCACAGGCCCAGAACAGCUUGAUGAGCGUUGCAACUCAUGAAGAAGUUUUCAUCAAAAGGGGUGCGUAUCCACCAGAUGGAGCUUAAUUUUUGAUCCAGGCCUCAUAACCAGGAGUAGAUAAAGACCAUUUUCUCAUGCAAACUGGAUGGGGAAACCUUAUAGUUGAUAAUCUAUAGCUAGUGCAGUUAAACUGUAGCUGGAGUAAGCUUAACUUGAUAUGCA